AUGGCGUACGGACAUGUACCUCGACCAGCCGGUUCAGAUGCGAGCACACUUCGGCCGCGUCUCUAUGCACUUCCCGAAAGGGCACAAAGUCAGGAACGUCGAGCAGUCGUCAUAGUACCAUUUCAUGUUGACGGUGUAGAGCAGUCGGCUUAUGCCGCUGCAGCUUGCUCGGGGGAGAAGAAAGCAUUGCGGCCGCCCAGAGCGUUGACCGAAUAUUUGGCCAGUGUUUUCAACGACGAGCUCGAGCGAGGUAUCACCUACCCGCAGCGAGGUCCGAUGCAGCUGUCCGAAUUCGAGGGCUACUUCCUCGGAUAUGAUCUUCUCGUUGGAUUCUUCCUUUCCUCCAGCCAGCUUUGGGCGCUUUCAUCCAUUGCGGUCCCUGAAGAAGGCUUAGGAGUCUCUGAUGUCUCUUCUCUUCCAGACCUGUCAUCGCUCGAGUAUACGAGUCAGGUAGGCGGCUACUACUACAUCAAGCCAAACUAUCCCGGCCGCUCCUCACACCUAUGCAAUGCUGGCUUCGUUGUGCCCCCCACAGGUCGGGGUUUGGGUCUGGGCGGAGUUCUUGGUCGCUCUUUCUUGCAUUUCGGGCCAGCAGCAGGUUACAAAGGGUCGGUGUUCAAUUUGGUUUACGUCAACAACAUGGCUAGCGUGAAGAUUUGGCAAAGACUCGGAUUCACCAUCGUCGGAAGAUUACCGAUGGCUGGAGCACUCAAGACGGGGGAUGGGAAGGAAGAGUUGACGGAUGCUUACAUCAUCUUUAAGGACUUCACAGGGACCGUGCAAGACGGAGCAUGA